AAACCUUCCCAACGCGCCUGAUCGGUCCCAAAUAGCUCCUGCUCGGUUUAGCACUUUUCCUUUAAGCCUGAUGGAAUGUCUUUGAACAUCAAUGCCACGGAAUUAUUGGCUGGACAUUGGUUGCCUAAGUGAUGCUUGUGAGCAAACAGUUUGCAAGUCUGCAGCCGGAAGCUUGAUCGAACUUGGAAACUUGCAUCCCAAAGUAAAAGAAAGUUUGGUUUUGUUGCAAGAGCGAAGCAAUCAGAAAGUGUAUUUUUUUAAACAGGUAGCCAAAUUCCAAAGCCUCUUGGCUGGCUGACAGAUUCAUUGGACGUUCCUGAUUUCCUAAUUUCUUACAAACAGCAGUUUGCUUUUUUCAUAGUGGUGGAUCAAGCAGGAAAUAGGGAGGUCUAGGAAUACAACGUUCGCAGGUUGCAUUUUCCUCCCACGCAUGACUAUUUCUCAAGGACAACGCAAAAGCUGAAGACAUAAAGGACCAUGUCAUUGGAUGAGAAAUACAUAGCAAUUACAGAAGAGGAGGAAGAGGAGAAGGAAGAGGAGGAAGACAUCCAGGAGGCAGCGGCCUCAAUUGUUGGCGGAGUGAUCAAAGAUGCCGUGGACAAAGUCGUAGCCCUGAAGAAGGAAGAGGCAGGGGCCAUAUACAAAAUACGAAAUAUUGCCUGGAUGAGGUGCACAGAUUUCACCAUCGGAAAAGGUCUGUUGCAGAUUGAGGACUAUAUGAAAACCUGGGAGCUUCACGAAAGUUGGCUACACUGGAGCAACUAUCUCAACAACGAGGAACUCCAGUAUAGCACCCGGUACUAUUAUCGAGUCCGCUGGAGCAUCCCGACAUGCAGGAAGCCCAUCCCUCGAGCCACAGCCUGCGUCUAUUUCGUCAUUGAGAUCUCCAAAAUCAAACCCAGGACGCUGCCGAUUGAAGUAUUCUUUGUGGUAGAAACUAAUAAGCUCAUUCAUAGGCCAGGAAAAACUCGCUUUAAGGAGAAGUGGCUCAAAGAUGUAAUUGAAAGUAAGAUUGUCAUGAUGGAGACUGUGGAUUUUUAAUUUUGCUGGAAUGCUUAAGAACUUAAAAUCUCUAUAGGUAUCCUGCUUUUGUUUUAUUUUUUGGUAAUAAAAUUCAAGAGUUGCCGUAAUCAAACCUUUGUUUUGGUCUCUUUUGCUACCAGCCUGCCUUCCAUUGAAGACCUGUAUACUGCAUGAGUCAAAAAGAAGGCUGUGAAAAUAUUUACAGACCCCCUCACAUCCUGGACAUAAACUGUUCCAACUCCUACCCUCAAAAUGACGCUAUAGGGCACUGCACACCAGACCAACUAGACACAAGGACAGUUUUUCCCCCGAAUGCCAUCACUCUGCUAAACAAAUAAUUCUCUCGG